ACUCGCAAAUUUUCGUUUCGAUAUUGUUAUCAUUUUUUUUAACUUCCUACUGCCGAUCUACGCCCUUGCAAAGACAAAACCAGAUAUGACUACAGCGGCAGUUUUCGGCAGUACUGGUGCUGUUGGCAGCCAUAUUCUCGGCGCCCUCAUUGCCAAUGAAACUUACGUCUCGAUCAAGACCAUCUCCAGACGCUUACCAAGAGCCCAAUCAUCGAAGCUGGAAGCCAUCCUAGAAGCUGAUACAUCAAAGUGGGGGGACAUCAUUUCCAAAUGGGACCCUAAGCCGUACGUUGCCUUCAAUGGCAUCGGCACCACACGCGCUCUAGCUGGUGGGCUUGAAAACCAGCGCAAGAUCGACCACGAUCUCUGCAUAGAGACGGCCAAGGCAUCCAAGGCUGCUGGCGCCAGCAUCUACGUUUUCAUAUCUGCCGGGCUGAUACGGAGUUUUGUCGGCCGAAAUCUGCCCUACAGCAAAAUGAAGAUUGGCGUCGAAGACGCCAUCCGUGACUUGGACUUUGAACACGCCAUUGUACUAAGACCAGGCAUGAUUGUCGGUGAUCGCGAGAGGCCCAAGUCCAUCUUCCUCGAGACUACCAUUGGAAACAUUCACAAGAUUAGCCAGGGCCUUCAAGACUUGAUUGGCGUGGACCAGAAAAUUCUCGGACAGGCCGCCGUCAAUGCUGCGCGAAUUGCGCGCGAAGGCAAGGCCCCUUCCAAGUACUGGGUCCUUGAGCAAGCCGACAUUAUCAAGUAUGGUCGCGAUGAAUGGAAAGAGGAAUACAAGAAUGAAUCGAAAGAUGAAUCAAUUCGUCAAAGUGGCACAGAGUUGUAAAUGUACCACAGUGCCCUUGGUUUUCGCACUCGCUUAUUCUGAUUGUUAUAUACCUGAACACGGAGUUGGUGUUGUAAAGGAAACUUGGAGUGGUCUAUGGUGUUUCUCAGUUUGCAUAGCUACCGUUUGAUACCUGAAUUCUUUGAAAAAAGAAGAAUCGUGUUCAAUAUAGACUAAUUUAGACAAAUCACAUAAACUUUACCAAUC